CUCUUUAAGGCUGAAAUGUUCUGAGGAAACCGCGCCUUUUCCCCCCCUCACCCGACCAGAAUCUGGACCCAGUUCUCAGACACAGAGGUCCGCAGAAAGCUGUUGUUCCUCAGGAGCUCCAAACAAGUUCUAGAAAUGUCCAUCCCGACUCACCGCCAGUGCAAAGUGGAGAUUCAGAACAAGACGUCCAGCUUCACACUGUGUGAGCCGCUUGUUCAUCUCUUCAGUGGGAACUGUGAGUCUCCUCUGCCUCCAACUCUCCGUCCGUCUGAAUCCGGCACCGCGCUCUUCAUCAAGACGCCCCACACGGCCUGCGGCUCGGUGGCCGUCUUCACCUACGACAUCCUGCAGGAGUCGACCAAGCAGAACCGCGGCCGCCUGGCCGUCAUGUUCUCCGUUCCCUACGACUUCAACAUCUACUCCAACUGGUACGCCGUGGGAGCCUUCAGCAAGGACAAACUCUGCGAUGAGGAGCUCUACAAGGAGAUGUACUACGCCUCGCAGCGCGGGUUUGUCCGAGGGAAAGCCAAAGGGUCCAGUCUGACCCACAGAGCGGGACAUGUGACCAUCAGGGCCAGCAUGUCCGACAGCUAUCAGCCCGUCCUGAAGGUGGAGCUCUGUGACAACUGAGACCGGCUGCUUCCUCCUGCCCGGUUUAUCCAGUUUAUCAGUUAGCAUAACCAUCAUCAUCUGUGUCGAUUGCCACUUCUGUACUUUGGUUGGUCCUACUUUGUGAAGUGGAAGGUUACACCCUGCUUGUUUCCUGUCUCUGAUGAACUUAUAAAAUAAUUAGGUUCUUAUGCAAAUAUGCUAUGAGGCUCCAUGCAAACAAUGUUGUUGUGUAUGAUACACCAGGUCAAAUAAAAUAAUGUUCAAGCAGAUAACUGGAAGUA